GAUCUUUUUUUCGAGCUUUUUUUUUUUCUUGUUUUAAUGGCGGGUUCGAAGCUUUGGCUGGCAUGGAUCAUGCUCGCGUUCUUGAUCGUUGGAGCGAAGGCGGAGGCUGUGGAGGAGUUGGAUGAAUCUGGAUCGAAGCCCGGGCUGGAUCUUGAGCAUCUACGUUCGAAGAUCUCCGCCCUAGAACUUACUAUCGUUGAUAACAUUCGGGUGCUAAAAGACAAGGAUGAUAGUAUCUCUAGUUUGCAAAAAACAGCUCAUGAGAAGUUAUCAAGAAUAGCCUCAUUGGAGAGUGAGAUUGAAGCCCUUCAAAAGAAGGGUUCUGUAGAGACACAAGAGCUUGUGCAGAAAUCGGAUGCCCGAGCUGUUGAGCUUGAGAAGCAGGUGGAAAACCUUAAGAAUAAGAUUGAGGCUCAAAAUAGGAAGAAAGAUGCCUUGGAGAGUCACGUUGCUGAAGCAGAGAAGAAGGCACAGGAUAUGAGUCUUAAAUUGGAGCGGCUCCAAAAGACUUUUGAGGAGCAGAAGCACAGAAUCCAGAAAACUGAGCGUGCUCUAAAAGUGGCAGAGGAAGAGUUGUUAAGGGUGCGAUUUGAAGCAACCUCAAAAUCAAAGGAGCUAACGGAGGUUCAUGAGGCAUGGUUGCCUCCUUGGCUUGUAAGUCAUAUGGAUCAUUGGCAGGACUUAACUGCAACCUAUUGGAAGGAAAAGUUGAGACCAACUGUGAAUUUCUUCCUGCUAAAGGUAUCAAAUAAAUCAGCAGAAGGCCGGAAAUGGGUUGAACCUCACUUGGAAACUGCUAAAACUAAAUGGAUUCCAGCUGCUAAGCAACAAUGGACAGCUAUCACAGCUUCUGUUAGACCACAAAUACAAUCUGUAUGCACAAAGUCAGCUGAGUUUUAUGAAGCAUCCAAGUCUAGGCUUAUACCACACCUUAUCAAGGCUCAAGAAGUGGCUGAUCCUUAUUUCCAGGAAGCAAAGAAGAUCUCUAAACCCUAUGUCGAUCAAGUUACUACCAUCACUAAACCUUAUGUGGAGAAAGCCCAAAAAGUUUUGAAGCCAUACACAAAACGUGCAACUCGUACAUAUAAAAAGUUCCUUAAAUCAGUGACAGCAUAUCAUCGUCAGGUUCAAGCCACUGUUCAGGAGAAACUAAAGCAGCAUGAGUUGACCAAAAAUUUUGCAACUAAAGAGUUGGCUUGGUUUUUGGCAUCGGGCUUGUUAGCACUACCUGUGUUCUUCUUAUAUAGACUUCUAUUGGGUGCCUGCUGUAGAAAAGCAAGAAAACCUCCUCGUAACCACACAUCCCAUUCACAUCGUAGGCAUAGGCGCAGGCAUGCUGACAACUAGUGUCCAACUUCAGUAUCAGUAUGCACGGUUUUUAUCUGAGGUGUGAUCUAAUGAUCCAUGUACUAUUAGAGAUUCAAGGGGCACAUCAACAUCACAGCAAAGGCGAAAACACAGUUUCACUCAAACACUACAUGCAUAUCUUUCUGGACUUGUAAUUUUGCGUCGCAUUUCUCUUGUUAAAUGCUACACGAUCAUGUUUAAGUCAUAUGGGAUUUAUUCUUUUUGUGACAAUGUUUAUCUAAGUCUUAUAUCCGGUUAUUGUCAUUCGACCGGACUAGCUCAUCAAUGAGGUCAAUAGUCCUCCAGGUUUAUAAACUUGUUCAGAUUGUUCUUGCUACUUGCGUUGGUGUAUUCCUCAGGAAGGGCUUCUCAGGUUGGAAUGCCGGCGCGCUGACUGUUGAGAGAGGGUGGCCAGAGUUGUACUUCUUAACCUUCAGCGCCUGUGGUUCAAGCUAGAAUUAAAAUUCAAUUAGUAUUUAUU